GUCAUAUCGUUGAUUUGUCAACGCAAACACGUCAACCGUUCAAAACAUUUGGAAUAUUCGGUAUUUUACUAUUUUGUUCGAGAUGAAAAGAAAACGAAAGCAUUUGCGGCCACGAGGAACAUUUGAAUUUUAAUUGAUAAUUUAAAAAAAAAGAUAAUUUAUUCAUAAAUUUCAAAUGGAACACGCAGUUCGAAAUGAUUGGUCGAUUCAUAUACCAGACGAUGGCGUCAUUGAACGCACUCGAUUGGAGAGUAUACACAUACAAACAAUGCGUAUUGUUUAGAUGUCAAAUUCAAUCGAAAACAAACUAUUGAAGUUUAUUAACGGUUUUUAUUGUGGUUUUUAGUCAUCAAAAUACUCAGAAUUUCUAGUUUUUCAUCGAUUGCACCCAAGAAUAUUGAACACAAACAUUUGUAUGUUCAUUAAAGAUUAAGUGAAAAUGGCAUCGAGAUACACGCCGACGGUUAAAAGUGCAAAGGUUACUACGGCAAAAUCUUCAACACCAUCAUCAUCAUCAACAACAACAGGCACACCGAUUAAACCAGCGCGCGCUACAUUGUCCACAACGAAAAAAUUGUCGGCAGUGGCACGGCCCACAUUGGUCAAACAAACAUCGGCAUGUGAUUUGCGUGAACGGCUUCGUUUGAACCAGAAUGAUGAUAUCUUGAACACUGGAUUCACAGCAUCGUCACCAUUUACCAGCAAAUUCUCAGCAAAAGGGAAUUCGUUCACUCCGAGUGCUAUGACUGCUUCGUCGAGCAGUUUAAGUGGAACAGUGAGCGCCUCAAAAAGUACAAAAAAUCUUUUUGGUACAUUUUCAUCGACAAAUCUGGCAGCGAAACGAUUGUUUGGAAAUUCCACACCAACCGUCGAUCGUACGCCAGCCGCUCAAGUGGUUUCAACACCAGACUGUUUUAGCAAAGUUUUGUUAGACAUACAAACACCUCAAAAUGCAAAGAGAAGCUGUGAAACAUCACAAAGUUUUCGGAAAAGCACCGAUUUUGGCGAUGACAGCAAAUCGAAAGAGAACAGUGAAGUCAGCAAUUUGACGGUAGCUGUGCGUGUGCGACCAAUAAAUGCCAAGGAAUGUACAACGCCACUCGUAACAAGAGUGGUUACAAUUCACAAUUCCAACGAAAUCAUAGUUAAAUCCGGGAUAAAUGUUGAAUCUUACGCUUAUGAUAACGUAUUUUGUUCAUACGAUUCCGAAGAUACGGUGAAUUAUGCCAAUCAAGAGACAGUUUUCAAUGGCACGGCGUUGCCAUUGAUCGAUAAAGCAUUCGAAGGUUACAAUGCAUGUUUAUUCGCCUAUGGACAGACGGGUAGUGGGAAGAGUUACAGUAUGAUGGGCAUUGACACGGAUGACGAUCACUCAAAACCAAACCGUGAGGCUGGAAUUAUACCUCGAUUCUGUUAUGAACUUUUCCGUCGAAUCGACGCAUUGAAGGGACAAUUUUCGGCCGAAGUGGAAGUCAGCUAUUUUGAAAUCUACAACGAAAAGAUACAUGACUUGUUGGCCGUGACGCCGACCCAUUUGCCCAAUACAACGCCCGGCAGUCAAGUAAAGCGACAGGCACUUCAAAUCAGAGAACAUCCACAAUGGGGACCUUACAUUGAAAAUUUAAACAUUCAUCCAGUCGAUUCGAAUAUUGCGCUGAAGAAUUGGUUGGCCGUUGGUAAUAGCCAACGAGCUACAGCAGCCACUGGGAUGAAUGAUAAGAGUUCGAGGUCACAUUCGAUUUUCAGUAUUAUUUUGACUCUAUCGGAAAUCGAUAGCGAAUCAUCAAAAGUAACCACAAAACGAAGUCGAAUCAAUUUAGUGGAUUUGGCCGGCAGUGAACGAGUCAGUCAAACUUGCGCCAGUGGAGAGAGGCUCAAAGAAGGAGUCAGCAUCAAUCGGAGUCUACUUACCUUAGGCAGAGUGAUAAAUGCAUUGGCCGAUCCGAAAAAGAACACAUUCGCACCGUAUCGUGAAUCAGUUUUGACAUGGUUAUUGAAAGAGAGUCUAGGCGGUAAUUCGAAGACAGCUAUGCUAGCCACGAUCUCGCCAGCCAGUUUGCAUGUUGACGAAACAUUGGCCACGUUGCGAUAUGCAUGUCAAGCACGAUCGAUUGUAAAUCGAGUCAAAGUAAACGAAGACUCGAAUAAUCGUGAAAUCCAUAAACUUCGAACCGAAGUGGAUCGUUUGCGUGCACAAGUUCAGUAUUAUAAACGACAAGAGAUUCAAGCAAUCGAAGCACCACCACGAAAGAUUAUCAUUGAAACAAUCGAGGCUAAUCCUGAAGAUGAAGAAGAAAAGCAACGACUACGCGAACAAUUGAGAGAAAAGGAACAAGAAUUGGCGAAUGCUCAGAAAUCGUGGCGAGAACGACUCAGGGAAGCGGAUAAUAAGUGCAAAAAUGAAAUGAAACUACUCCAACAGAAUGGGUUGGCGUUGCAGUUAUCGGUUGCUCAGAAGCAACCGUGUUUGAUCAACUUGGCUACCGAUCCAAUGCUGUCGGGCACGUUGCUGUAUAUUCUACCACCGGGAGUUGUUAGGAUUGGGAAACCGAAGCCAUCCACACAUGCUCAGUCAGAUAUUGUUCUUGAUGGACCCCUGGUUGGAGUGAAUCAUUGUCAAAUCGACAACAGGCGAGGCAAAUUGUUCAUUCGACCGGCUGACAACGAUGACUGUGAAACAUUUGUGAAUGGCGAAUUGAUACACACCGAAAAGCAGAUUUACCACGGUGAUCGAAUUGUCAUUGGUGGAUCACAUUACUUCCGUGUAUCGAAUCCGGAAUGUUCGCGUCGUGCGCAAACCGAAGUGGUUGACUAUCAUACUGCGCACCAGGAAAUUUUGCAAGAGCAAGAAAAACGAUUGCGACUGGAAUUGAUGGCAGAACAACAAGCGGCAAUUCGACAAAUCGAAGAGGAACGAACUAAGCACGAGCUCAAUUACAAUGAAAAAGUGGCGCAGCUUGAGUUGGAGCAGUUUCGAUAUAAGUGUUCGAAAGAAUUGAUCGAUGCUGAGAAGGAAGUGCUGGCGCGCAACCACGAAGAGGAGGCGGAAUUCGUGUAUCGACCCUUCGAAUCGGACUUGUGCGAGAAGAUCAAACGCAUGAUGGAGCGUCCAACGGAAGAAGGAAUGCAUGAAACUCAGUUGAUGGUAAAAGAAGCCACGCAACGCUGUCGAAAUCUUGGCCUAAACUAUGAAUUCGUUCAAACCCUGGUGGCCGAUGAGUCAGACGUGUUCAAAGCAGUAGUGAAAAUAAUUGAUCGACGGAGUAAUCGUUUUGCUGAAUGGCCAACGGCUCGUCUGUCCGUUUGGUUGGAUCUGAUGCGUGACAAUAGUGAUGCAACGGCUGAAAAUGCCUUCGAGUCAGUGGAUAUAAGUUGGUCGGAGAGUACCGAGGAGAUUGCAAUGAAUGAAUCGCUGAAUUCUAGUCGCAUCUCAUUGAAUUUGAGCGCAAUGAAGGAAACGCUAUUGGGCAAACCGAUGAAGAGUUGCUUUAAAGCCAUACAAAAUAGGUUGAGCCCAUGGUCGUUGAAGGGUCAAAGUAAUGCCAAUCAACUGCCAAGUGCCACAGUUCCAAAUUUCGAGAGAACGGCACCAUCAAGUGGUCAAUCGUUGUUGAAAACCAAGAAAAAACUGUCUUACGACGACUUUGAUGAGAUCGAUGAAAAUCCAGUCGAAAAACCAAAGAAAACCUUUACCAACGUCGAAAGUAGUUUGUCAACCUCAACGCCAGUCGAAGAGAAAUUCGACGUGCAGGCACAAAAAUACCUGAGUGAUUUGCGAAAAACCACAAUUCGAAUGAAGAAAUUGUGCCAUAAUAAAUUCAAUGAGAAUGUCAAAGAUCAAACGGUAUCCGGGAAAGUGUUCACUGCACUGGAAGAAAUUGAGCAUUUAACCAAUCAAAUUCGGCAUUUGAUCAAGAAUACCGAUAGCGAACCAUCGCCAUGUAAAACACCGAAAUCAGUGCGAUUUAUUUUAGACUGAAAAUGAGUGUUCGCAUUCAAAACCAAUCUGCUUGUCUUGCCAAAAAUCACAUUCUCAAUGAAUGUGGGUGAUAAUUUUAUGAACGUUUUGAUCUGAACACUUAACUCCCUUUCUUUUCGAUAUAUAGCUUUAGUCGAUGUUCAUUUUUUUUUUAAAUUACCUUUGACACGAAAAUCUAGCUUUAGUUCAUUUGUGUGACUUACUUUAAAUAAAAACGCCCUUUGAAUCGAAAAAAA